AAAGACUCGGAUAGUUUUCACAAAUAGUUAACUUUCAAUUUUACCCGAAAGAUUGCAAAGUGCCAGAAAGUCACUUGUUUUUCAAGGUUGUCAUUGAAGGAUCACAAGGAAUCAAUACGGUGCAUGCACGAUGACGGUCACAUGUUGGACGCACUUGCUGCUGUUCUGUCUGUGUUGCCACUAUGAGCUCCAGCCUGCUGCAUGUAAGCCUGAGUGGAUGUCCUCUUGGUUCCCUUGUGAUGUCACAGCCUACAAUGACUCUAAGGUCCUAUUUGACUGUAGAGGCCGUCAUCUGCAUGCAGUACCUUUAGGGAUAACCAGUAAUGCAACUGAGCUCAAUUUAUCCGAAAACUUCAUGAAGAAUAUUUCGGUUCAUGCAUUUUCCAACCUGCUUAAUCUGACUCACCUUGAUCUCAGCUGGGCAAACAAGAACAAAGGAACGAUCAUUGAUGUGAAUGCUUUCCAAAAUCUGACAAAACUGCGUACGCUGAAACUGACUGGCAACUGUCUGAGUGAAAUUCCCGGCAACCUCCCUCUCAGCGUAGAAAAAGUCGACCUGAGCAAUAACAGGAUUCUGUUGUUGGAUAACAGGAGCCUUGCUGGCUUAACAAACAUGACGCACUUAUGGUUAUCCAAAAACUGCUUCUUCUGGAAUCCUUGUGGGAAAUCUGUCAAGAUCAUGAAAGACACUUUUGUGGUAAUGAGAAAACUGCAGUCUCUGAACUUGUCCUUUAACAACCUAACUGAAGUUCCCAAAGGAUUACCCCAAUCAUUAAUCAUGUUAAAUCUGGGUUCUAACAGAAUACAGAACAUAGCUGAUGAUUUUCUUGGGCUACCAAAUUUAAAAGUCCUAAAAAUAGAUGGGAACUGUCCACGAUGUCUAACUGCUCCAACUCCCUGUGUUCCCUGCCAAAACAUUUCCCUUGGUAUCCAUCCUAAUGCAUUUCAAGAUCUAACACAGCUUGAGGAACUGAACCUGGGAGGAAACUCACUGGACCACCUGAAUCCCUCGUGGUUUGAGAGGCUGUACAGUCUUAAACAUUUGUUCCUUACAUUUAACUUCUUAUUAAAGGCAAUUACUGAGGAGGCAACAUUUCUAAAAUACCUUCCAAGGUUAGAAAGAAUUGAUCUCUCUUUCAACUUUGGUCACAGGUUGUACCCUGCGACAUUAAAUCUCUCAAAGGAGUUUUCGAAUCUUGUGUCCCUCCAAACUUUUCAUAUGGAGGGUUUGGUAUUCCAGCGUAUUGGACCUGGCACGCUCAGCCCUCUGUACGAGCUCAAAAAUCUGUCUGCCCUGAAUUUAGGGACUAACUUCAUUAUUCACUCUGAUUCCACCCUAUUUAGCAAAUUCUACAACCUGAAAAUGAUAUACCUCACAGAAAACAGGCUGUAUCCCACUCCAGAGAAGAAUCCCUCACACUCAAGUGAUGGUUUCAAUCAGAGGUCAGACCUUUUUAUUUCCCCGCUCAUAAAACUCUAUCCGAAAGAUUUUGUUUAUGGGGUAUCACGCAGCCUUGUUAAGGAAGAGUGCUUUAAUUCUGGACGAGUGCUAAGCCUUAGCUCAAAUAAUCUAUUCUUCAUUUCUCCAAAGCAAUUUGUGGGCUAUGGAAAUAUUGCAUGUUUGAACCUCUCAAGAAAUGGAUUUUCUGCAGCACUUAAUGGAACAGAGUUCUCCUCGCUGCCUAAUCUGACAUACCUGGACCUGUCAUUCAAUAAGAUUGAUCUGGCCUUUAACAACGCCUUCAAAGAACUAAAUAAACUAGAGGUGCUAGACCUCAGUCACAAUGAACACUACUUUAAAGCUUUCGGGGUAACAGCAAAUUUAAAUUUUACGCAAAAUCUGCCCGCACUGAGGGUGCUGAAUAUGAGUCAUAACGAUAUUUCCGUAUUAACGACAAAACAGAUGUACAGCAGAUCAUUGACAGAACUUCAGUUUUCACAUAAUUUUCUCGGGACUCUUUGGAAAGAUAGCUUAUACAAGAAGCUUUUUAUUAAUCUUACUAAUUUGAUGAUUUUAGAUAUAUCCCACAACAACCUUGCAAAGAUUCCCGAUGAUGUUUAUAAAUAUUUGCCGUGUAACCUGACCAUACUACGCAUAAAUCACAACUUUCUUACUGACUUUACGUGGGACAAACUCAAGUUGUUUCAUCAACUUCAAUUUUUAGACCUGAGCUUCAAUGAUUUAUCUAAUCUGACAGGUAUGAGCUCUAACGUCACCGACACUUUGACUUUCCUUGACCUGAGUCAUAAUCACAUCUUCCACUUGGCCAAUGGGUUUUUUAAGGGUGCAAGAAGCCUUUCAACUCUUAGCCUCAGAAACAACAAACUGACUAUCAUCAAUCAAUCCACCUUCGAAACGACACCUAAAUCUAAGAUUGAGACUUUGUUCUUGCAGAGAAACCCGUUCCAGUGUACCUGCGAUUCAUUAGAUUUCAUUCUGUGGAUUGAAAACAGUGAUUUCAAGAUCCCUAGACUGACCACCGAGGUGACAUGCGACACGCCGGCAAACCAGAAGGAUCACCCUCUGAUCGGCUUUAACAUUAAUCAGUGUGUAAAUGACAAUGAGGCGUUCUUGAUCUACAUUCUCACCAGUUCCUUCACUAUCGUUUUUAUGAUCGUGGCAACAGUUGCUCACUUAUUUUACUGGGAUGCUUCCUACGUCCUACACUAUAUGAAAGCGAAGCUGAAAGGAUACAGUUCCUUAAACUCACCGGACAGUGUUUAUGACGUGUUCGUGACUUACGACACCACAGAUCCACGUGUCUCUGAGUGGGUGAUGAGGGAUCUGCGAGUGAAACUGGAAGAGGAAGGAGAGAUGCAUCUUCCUCUGUGUCUGGAGGAGAGGGAUUGGACCCCCGGAGUCCCACUGGUAGAUAACCUCACUCAGAGCAUCCGGUGCAGUCGUAAGACCCUGUUCGUCUUAACGGAGGGCUACGUUAAGACUGGGGGUUUUAAGCUGGCGAUGUAUCUGGCCCACCAAAGACUGCUAGAUGAAAACAUGGAUGUGAUCGUGCUGCUGAUGCUGGAACCCGUGCUGCAGCACUCUCACUUCCUGCGCCUGAGGAGGAGGCUGUGUGAGAAGAGUGUUGUGGAGUGGCCGAGAACAGCGGCUGCAGAGCCCUGGUUUUGGCAAAACCUGAGGAAUGUGGUGAGAGUGGACAACAAGGUGAUGUACAACAAGACUUAUUCAAAGUACUUCACCAACAAGUGAACCAAUCACAACUGUCUGGGAAUCAUCUACAGAUUUAAUAUGGACAAUAAUAUCUGGAGCCUGCUAAAAAACAACAACUAUUGUUCUCCAUAUCAACACUGAUGACGUGGUCCUUCACAACUUCAAUUACUCUGCCUGGGACUUAAUUGAAGACCAAUAAAGACAUUUUUUAUUUAUUUUUAUUAUUUACAAUGAUACUGGAUGUCUUGUUAUUAGUGUGCAAUUAUUACAUUGUAUAAAUAAAUCAAUGUGUGUAAGAACAAA